AUGGUUGUGAUGAUGAUGGUGAUGAUCAAGGAGAUUAGUACCGAGAAAUCUAGUGUUUUCUCGAUCGAUCAAUCCUUGAACAUACCUAAACUCCUCAACGUGACAAGGGAUCGUGAUUGUCCCUUUUUGAGCAAAACCAAACUCUUCUUCAGCUUCCUUCAAGAGUUGUCCAAACAAAGGAUGAUUAAAGUACAUAACGGGAAUCACAAAUCUCUCUUGCUCUUCUCCUUGUCCUACCUUCACUGCCAAACACCCUUUUGGUACCUUUUCAUGAUCAUGCUCAUGAUGAUGGAGACGUGGGAUGUGGAAGCUCCAGUGGCUCAUGACUUUGUCUCCGUUACCCAUGGGCCGAUAAUAUUAAAAGUGAAGGAAAACAGCCAGUGUUCUUGGAGGGUUGUAAGAGAUGGAUGGUGA